CAGCAAAAAUUGGAGGAGAUGCUGGCACAUCAAUGAAUUCAAAUGACUACGGUUAUGGAGGACAGAAAAGACCUCUUGAGGACGGAGAUGGCUCUUGGACAAGUCCGAGCAGUACAACACACUGGGAGGGAAUGCCCUCUCCUUUUAAAGAUCAACCAGAUGCUAAGAAAGUUGCUCCUCAGAAUGACUCUUUCGGAAAUCAGCUACCACCAAUGCAUCAACAACAAAGGUCUGUGAUGACAGAGGAGUACAAAGUUCCAGAUGGAAUGGUUGGAUUUAUAAUUGGCAGAGGUGGAGAACAGAUCUCACGCAUACAACAAGAGUCUGGAUGUAAAAUACAGAUCGCGCCUGAUAGUGGAGGCCUGCCUGAAAGAUCUUGUAUGCUAACUGGAACACCAGAGUCUGUUCAAUCAGCAAAAAGAUUACUUGAUCAGAUAGUUGAAAAGGGACGACCUGCACCUGGCUUUCAUCAUGGUGAUGGACCUGGGAAUGCAGUCCAAGAAAUAAUGAUUCCAGCAAGUAAAGCAGGAUUAGUUAUUGGGAAAGGUGGAGAGACAAUUAAGCAAUUACAGGAGCGAGCAGGUGUCAAAAUGGUCAUGAUUCAAGAUGGUCCACAGAAUACUGGUGCAGACAAGCCCCUUAGGAUAACUGGAGAUCCUUAUAAAGUUCAACAAGCCAAGGAAAUGGUGCUGGAGCUAAUUCGUGAUCAAGGUGGCUUUAGAGAGGUGCGCAACGAAUAUGGGUCAAGAAUAGGAGGAAAUGAAGGGAUAGACGUUCCAAUACCACGCUUUGCUGUAGGUAUUGUAAUUGGAAGAAAUGGAGAGAUGAUAAAAAAGAUACAGAAUGACGCUGGUGUUAGGAUCCAAUUUAAACCAGAUGAUGGAACAACUCCAGAUAGAAUAGCCCAGAUUACGGGGCCUCCAGAUAGAUGUCAACAUGCUGCAGAAAUUAUUACAGAUCUCCUUCGAAGUGUUCAGGCUGGUAACCCUGGUGGACCAGGACCUGGUGGUCGUGGAAGGGGUAGAGGUCAAGGCAACUGGAACAUGGGGCCUCCUGGUGGAUUGCAGGAAUUCAAUUUUAUUGUUCCUACUGGCAAAACUGGAUUAAUCAUUGGCAAAGGUGGUGAAACUAUCAAAAGUAUAAGCCAGCAAUCUGGUGCUAGAAUAGAACUUCAGAGAAAUCCUCCACCUAAUGCAGAUCCAAACAUGAAGAUGUUUACUAUCCGUGGAACACCCCAGCAAAUAGAUUACGCACGACAACUUAUAGAGGAAAAGAUUGGAGGUCCAGUUAAUCCCCUGGGUCCACCAGUUCCUCACGGACCCCAUGGAGUUGUUCCUGGGCCGCAUGGGCCUCCUGGACCCCCAGGCCCUGGUGCUCCUAUGGGACCAUAUAACCCUGCUCCUUACAAUCCAGGGCCUCCUGGUCCUGCACCUCAUGGUCCUCCAGCCCCAUAUGCUCCACAAGGAUGGGGAAAUGCUUAUCCACACUGGCAGCCACCAAAUCCGCCAGAUCCAGGUAAGCCAGGUACAGAUCCCAAUUCAGCCGCGUGGGCAGCUUACUAUGCUCACUACUAUCAGCAACAAGCACAGCCACCGCCUGCAGCCCCUCCUGGUGGACCAGCUACAACCCAAACUAACGGACAAGGAGAUCAGCCAAAUCCAGCACCAGCAGGGCAGGUUGACUAUACGAAGGCGUGGGAAGAGUACUACAAGAAAAUGGGUCAAGCGGUUCCUGCGCCCGCUGGGGCCCCGCCAGGCGGCCAGCCCGAUUACAGCGCGGCCUGGGCCGAGUACUACAGGCAGCAGGCAGCCUACUACGCGCAGACGAGCCCGCAGGGAAUGCCGCAGCACCCCCCCGCACCACAGGUACACCCUUGAUUCAGUACUUCUUGGCUGGCUUCUGUUUCAGUGAUUACGGAUAUUUUUUGCAUGUCUCCUGCUUUGUUACCUUUGGAGUAUGCAUUUUUUUAUUUCCUAGCAAACUAGCUAUCAGAAUAAUUAAUAAAUGACUUGCUUUACCUGGUAACUUGAGUUCUGUCCAUACGUUUGGUGAUUUUGUUUUUUUUUCUUUUUUUAAAAGAAAAACUUUCUCCUCCCAGGGUUUUGAAAACCAUGCAAGAAGCCACCACCAUUUACAUUAACCAAUUUUUCUUUCUUAAAGGCUUCACUCCUGAGUUAGCUCGGUUUAAAGGAUUUUCUUUAACUUUUUGUGUAUCUCUUAUGUAUCUCUUCUGCACAGGGCCAAUAAUAAGAAGUGGACAAUACAGUAUUUGCUUCAUUGUGUGGGGGAAAAAAACCUUUGUUAAAUGUAUGGAUGCAGACGCCUUGAUGAAGAUCUUAAUUUUGUUUGGUUAAAAAAUAGUGUUUUUGAAAAUGUACAAAAUAUCUAUCACUACUGAUAGGAGGUAAUAUUUCUGUGUAGAAAUGAAAAAUGGUUUGUUUUUAGUAUUAGUGUAGAUGUACACAUUCCAGCAAAUGUAUUUGCAAUUAUUAUGUGGUCAAUGCUUUGUGAUAUAAAUGUACUUUUUCAAUGUAUACUUUAUCACUUUUAAAAUGCCUGUUUUGUGCUUUACAAUAAAUAAUAUGAAACCUCCUGUGUCGG